CCCCGCAGGCACCGGGCGCUUGCGCGGUCGAGGCGGUGGGGAGGCGGGGUUGGGGGCGCCGGAAGUGGCCACGGAGGUGGAGACGGCUCUCCUUCCGUUUGGGAUUUGCUCCUGUGUUUGGGUUCUCUCCGCAGCCGUCCGAGAUGAACCGAUUUUUCGGGAAAGCGAAACCCAAGGCGCCGCCGCCCAGCCUGACGGACUGCAUUGGCACGGUGGACAGCAGGGCAGAGUCCAUUGACAAGAAGAUUUCUCGCCUGGAUGCCGAGCUGGUGAAGUAUAAGGACCAGAUCAAGAAAAUGAGAGAAGGUCCUGCAAAGAACAUGGUGAAGCAGAAAGCCCUGCGGGUUUUAAAGCAAAAGAGGAUGUACGAGCAGCAGCGUGACAAUCUCGCUCAGCAGUCGUUUAACAUGGAACAAGCCAAUUACACCAUCCAGUCGCUGAAGGACACCAAGACCACGGUUGAUGCUAUGAAAGUGGGAGUAAAGGAAAUGAAGAAAGCAUAUAAGCAAGUGAAAAUCGACCAGAUUGAGGAUUUACAAGACCAGCUAGAGGAUAUGAUGGAAGAUGCAAAUGAAAUUCAAGAAGCACUGAGUCGUAGUUAUGGCACCCCAGAAUUAGAUGAAGAUGACCUAGAAGCAGAGUUGGAUGCCCUGGGUGAUGAGCUUUUGGCUGAUGAAGACAGUUCUUACCUAGAUGAAGCAGCAUCUGCUCCCGCGAUUCCAGAAGGUGUUCCCACGGACACAAAGAAUAAGGAUGGAGUCCUGGUGGAUGAAUUUGGAUUGCCGCAGAUUCCUGCUUCAUAGACUUGGAUCUUUCAAGUACAUCAUGUAAAAUAAACACUUACCUGGGACUAGGAAAUAUUUAUCUUUCCAAAUUUAUAAAUAGAUUUCAGUUUUUUCCUUCCUUUGAAGGAGAGGUUAAUUGCAUUUAUCAUUCUUUUUUCUUUUCUUUUUUUCCCAUUAAGAGACUUAAUACUUGGGAGAUGUUUUCUUCAUACUAAAAUUUUAACACUUGUUCUUAUGAAAGCCUAAUUUACUUAAAAAGUUUCAUUGGCUAUGUAUGACUUUUCAUUCAUCAAUAAUUUGAAAUAAAAAAAAUAAUUUGAAAUAAAACCAAGGAAAUGGGAAUCUUGAAAUUCUGUUACAGUAAUCUCAUCGAUCUGAUUAUUGAUGACAAAAGUGAGAUUAUUGGGACUCAUAUUGUGAUCCAAAACCAUUUUCUAUUAUGGUAUUAUAGGGUGGUGAAAGUGAUGGCCUUUUUUUGAUGGAUUUUAUUGUGUCUUGUGAUUAAAUCAUUACUGUGCCCUGUAUUGGAAUGGAAUUAUCACUACUGUAUCAUGAGUGGUUAUUUUUAUUCUACAGUUCUCUCAGUAUUACCAUCUAAGUUGUAAUCACUAAUGCAUAUUUCUUGAUAUUUAAUGUAUAGGACAUUUAUUUAUACUCAAUAAAUAUUUUUCAAAAGGAUAUAA